UGAAAUUAAAACGAGCAUUACCAGUGUAUUUUCGAGGAUUUAUGGUACACAGUUUUGAAUUGAAUUUACGAUUCUAUUUCAUGGAUUAUUUGGUACCCACAGAUCUUACUGGCGUUCGUUUAUUUCCCUUUCUGUAUCAUGCUGUGGUAACAUGGGCUCUGAUGAUUAGGGAUGCCGAUAGAGAGUUCCAGUUACUUAGAAAUUCCAAAAGAAGCUCUCGCUACAGCAAUGCUCACAAUUUACGAGUUUUGAUGCAAUUAUCUCACAAUCAAGCUCGGCCAGAUGACAAAAAAAAGCAUGAAGAUGAAUAA